CAAGUUUCUUAUUCAGCGCGUCUUCCCAUAUUCACUGAAGAACUGCUUACUGAGUCGUUGGGAUGGAAAGGGAUCUUGCUUGACAACCGUUUUCACUCAGUUGCUGUUGAGACCUACGUUGAUAGCCGCCCGAAUCACGCUCAAACGUCAGUGCGCUUCAAGGAACCGCCGCCCUCCUCUCGAGUUGAAGAAGUUGAUUCAUGAUUUCUAGGAAGUACAGUAUUACUUUAUUUCCUACCUGGAUUAACUCGUAGAAAACCACCAAUUUACCUGGUCAACCUUCUUGGUGUAACAUUUUGCCUGUCAGAAACUAUGCUGUGGAAACUAGCAGAUAACGUGAAGUACGAGGACGACUGCGAGGAAAGGCACGACGGGAGUAGCAAUGGGAACCCCCGGUUACCUCACCUCCCCGCAGUGAGCCAGCACCUUUACAGCCCGUCGCCGUCUCUCUCCCACUCGGCCAACUCAGACUUCCAACCCCCGUAUUUUCCACCUCCCUACCAGCCUAUAUCAUACCCCCAGUCCAGUGACCCCUACUCGCACCUCGGCGACCCUUUCAACAUCAACUCCAUACACCAGUCGUCGAACCAGCAACAAUCAUGGCCGGGGAGACAGGGUCAAGAAGGACCUCAUUCGCGAAGCGGACUCGCUAGUCAGAUUCUGGGCCUGGAAGGCGGCUCGUCCGCCUUGAGGAGAGAAGGUUUCCGACGGCCGGAACUGCUACCGCCUCACGCUCAUAGCAUUGAGUCAUCCGUCAUUGGUGAUAAUAUAGGACUGCACGAAAUGGGCCAUGGCCUGGAUGAUGUUCAACAUGUAGAUGAUCACAGUAUUAUAAUGGCAGAUCAGACGGUCAUCAAAAAAGUACUAGGACUACGAGGGGGCAGGAACUUUGAUCGCUUACAGAGGACUUAUUAUGAGGGGGGAAUUCUUGCUGGUGAGGACGAAGGCCCCAUGUCUCUCCCCAAGAGCAACUCACUGGGCCUGCCCUUCCAGAAGGAGUCCCUGCUAGGCAUGGUGUCCAACCCCACCGAGGUGUUCUGCUCAGUGCCCGGACGCCUCUCGCUCCUCAGCUCCACCUCCAAGUACAAGGUGACUGUGGCUGAGGUGCAGCGGCGUCUGUCCCCUCCCGAAUGCCUCAACGCCUCCUUGCUGGGGGGAGUCCUGCGCAGAGCCAAGUCUAAAAAUGGUGGCCGGUCAUUGAGAGAGAAGUUGGACAAGAUUGGGCUCAACCUGCCCGCUGGAAGGAGGAAGGCUGCUAAUGUCACCCUGCUAACUGCACUGGUAGAAGGUGAAGCCCUUCACUUGGCAAGGGAUUUUGGCUACGUAUGUGAGGCAGAGUUUCCGGCAAAGGCCAUCGCUGAUUACCUGGGUCGACCACAUGUGGAACGCAAUGAGGUCAACUCCCGCAAGAACAUGCUCCUUGCUGCCAAGCAAAUCUGUAAGGAGUUCACCGACCUGCUGACUCAGGAUCGCUCGCCUCUGGGGAACUCGCGGCCGGCACCCAUCCUCGAUCAGGGAAUCCAGAGCUGCCUGACCCACUUCAGCCUCAUCACCCACGGAUUCGGCUCGCCCGCCAUCUGCGCCGCCAUGACCUCCCUCCAGAACUACCUAAACGAGGCCCUCAAACAGGUGGACAAAAUGUACCUGAGCUCUGGCAGCGAAACGCAGGGCUCCUCCGACAACGGUAGCAAAGCCUCCGACAAAAUGGAGAAGCACAGGAAAUGAGGAAAUGCUCCCACAUUGGACUGUAUAGCCCCCCCCUUUCCCCUUUGGACUACUUUGACCUCCUAUUUAGUAGCGAAAUUGCCGAUAUGAAUCCGAUUCUAGAUCAUUUGUGUUUUUACACAGUUGAAUUGACAAUUUCUGGUGCUUAUGGCCUGUGCUCUUUUACGAGUAGAGUUUUUCAAAAGACUUGUCACUGCUUUUGCGUUGUUACUACCAUUGGCUGGUUUCAAUGCGAGAUCAACCUACCUUGGUGCCUACUGUAAUAGUAGGUGCAUAAGCUGCUUACAGCCAAAGGGCCUAGACGCUGUUGACAUGGGGAAAGGAACAGAAAACAGACUUUGUUUGCCUAUAGGACAUAUUUUCAAGAUGGGUAACUGUGGUUGUAAAUUAUUUUCAGCUAUUUUCCCUCCUCUUCUGUCUGGAGACAAAUCCUCUGAUUUCCUCUGUCUCUUCCGCAGUGCUCAGUUCCCAUUGGACUUACCAAAGGCCAUUUUUUUUAAAUAGGAGAUAAGAAAAUCCACUUCAUUCUUGUUUUCUUUGAUGCUUACAUUUUCAUAACGACUUCAAUGGGUACGGUGUUAUUGUGCUUUGUUCAUGGGGGUUUCUUUGGUAGGUCUGGUAAAAAAAGAGGAGCCUGUUUCUUUGUUUGUCUACAUUCCCCAGAAACCUUAAAGAUGAUUUGCAAUGGCAGACAUUCAUUGUUCGAUGACGGAUGGUUACUUGUGGGUUGUGACAAAAGCCACAGCAAUGGGGUCUUUGUUACUUUUAAUCCUGUCUUUAAGUAUUUAUAUUGCCCAUUGGUUACUUUAGUAUUUUUACAGUUUGCAAAUGUAAAAGGAAUCAGUCCCCGACCAGAUUAGAUAUCCCUCACCUUCAGUACAAACUAUUCCAUGUUGAUGUUAACUGUAUCCAAUCAUAAUCUGCCAUUUUGAUCUAAAUUGUAUCUCUUUUAACCAGAACACCAGCAAGAGCGUAUGUGUUAUGUUGUGCGAGUGUGUGUCUGUGUAUGCCAAAAGUAUAUAUUUCUUUUGAAAAAUAGUGUUUUUAAUUAGACAAUGAACUGCAAACAGAGGAUUUCCCCUGUUAUCUUUACCUUGAAUGUAAAUAUUUUCUAAUUUAUGUUGUAAUUUAAAUGGGAUAUGUAAAUAAUGGUAUCAUUGUGGUGUGUGUGGCUUAACUUUUUAUAAUGCGUUAAAGUUGUAUAAAUGGGUUUUUAUAGAGUAGAGGUUAGGCAGUUGGUAUGACAUGCUUUUUGAAUAUGUGUAAAGCUGUUUUAAAGCUAUAGGAAAGAAUAUAAAAAGUCAACCCUGUGUAUAACAACUGUGUUGAUAUUCUCCCAUUUGGGCAAGAGUUUUGCCUUGCAUGGACAUUUGAUGAUAUCUGAGGCAGUGGGUUCUCUCCCUCUCUUUGCCUCUCUUGCAACCCAAACACACACGCACACGAAUGCACUCACGCAUGUACACAAAGCAGCAAUGUACAACAGGCAAAACAGUUUCAGUUGUGUGUUUCAUAAAUUAUGGGCAAGUCAUUUGCGUGAAGAUUUUCCUAUUAAUAAAUGGUUUAAGAAAAUGGGAACAAUGGGCAUCAUUAUGUGUGGCAACUUAGCUACACAAAUAAGCAAUGUUGCUUGGUGCAUGAGGAUGGUACAAAAAGGCAUCAUGUGAGAGCAAAACAUUUCUCGUUUAUGUUUUCACUCAGUUAACUAUUUGGUGCACAACACACAUACUU